AUGGUUGCCUGGGCAUACAUACUGUCGGCACGAUGGGCAGAGCUGAUUCCUGGCGCGGAUAUAUCCGACUACAAUAGCCACCAGGCGCAGCUAAACUCCGGCAAUGGGCCGCAUGGACUGGGAGAUGAUGACAAUUCUGUUGUGGUAGAUAUAGGUGACGUGGAUGUUGCCGCUGCAAGGUGGUGGACAGCUGUUCUUGCGGCAGACGGCGGCUGGGACGCAUCAAUCCGCAGUGACACUGGUGUCCUUCUCUGCUCGCCAUGGUCCAUCAGGACCCAGCCAGGGCCAAAUUUCACGAUAUCUGCAAACAUUCAGCCUUGCUCAGCAAUGAAAAAUUCCAGUCCUGCGUCUUUCAGCACCGCUCUCCGCUAUCUAUCAGAGUAUUGCCAUCUUCACGACCUUGCCGAGCAAAGCCAAGCAGCCCUCGCAGCGGCGUUGCUCAUCCCAGUGGCAAAAUUUGAUACCAGAAGAAUCAAGUUGCCCGUUCCUCGACUACCACGCAAGACAACGCGCAGUCAACAAAAGCCCCAAGUGCUUCCGUCCUGGGACAUGAAACCUCGGCAGCUGGAUCGUCUUCUCACGCUGAGUUGCAACGCGAGGGGAGUGAAAGCUCUCUUGAACAGCAUCUUCUUCGAACCUGAUGUGGCCUGUAAUAGCUGCGGAGCUUGGCUGCAGGGCUCAUUUGCUUUCCUCGACUCCGACAAGGCCGGGGACCCACAUGUCCUCUUGAGCACGUUCAUGGAAAGGGAUCCGGGGCUCGGGUUCCUGUGGCUAGGUGCCUUUAUCACGGGCGCCGAGGAGCGCUGCCUCCAAGAAGCUCGUAUGGGCUGGUGGAAGGUCGACAUUAGCGCUGCAGCCUGGACUGCUGACGAGUGCCGCCUGAUGUACCUGUCCCAUAAUCCAGAUCACGCAGUCCCACCGCUUUUUCCAUUUGCUCCGUUCGGCAGCACCGCCAUGGAAGACACGGACCUUGACGUUCGUCGACAUGCCCGAUGUUCGGCAGCUCAUGGCCUCAAACACAGUUGUUUUACCUGGGACUGCCAGGGUGGUAAAAAGGUUGAGCAGAAUGAGACGCUGGCGAAUGCCAUCCGUGCGAAGGCUGGGAAACCUUCUGUUGCUGGUGAUAAUAGCUUUGCCGUCGUUUAUGAUAGCCUUGAUCCCGAGGAUGAAGUGUCGGAGAUGGUAACCAGGAACGUUUUUACCUGGCUCCGAGGUGAAGACGGAUUUCCCGUGGCGGAGAGAUCGAUCCGCGAGCACGAGUGGAUCGAAAAUCUAGAAUCGGACGACGACAGCCCAAUUGAUGGUGAUGUUCUGUCCACGGCUGGAAGGAAUCUUAGGAAAGAGAAGGGGAUAUUCCAAAACGCUUCUUCAGUGGUUAAAAAUGCAUAUGAGCCGCGUCUCUUCUGA